CACGCCACCAACCCGCGCGCGCGGUCGGUCGCGUUCGGCUAAUCGGCGCGCUGUGACUCAGACGGCGCGUGCGAUCGCAUCCUCGUGGCGGUGCGUAUCGGGUCUAAGGUCUCGCGCAAACGUGGACGUGUCGUCGUUGCCUCGAUAACAGUUUUAUUAUUCGGAGAAAUUACUCGUGCGUACUUCCGUACUUCCGCUCGCGCACACGACGUAAACACGCGGGCAUGGAGACUGGUGGCGCCCCGCGGACGAUGCGCGUACUACUUACGGGCCCGCCAGGUAUAGGUAAAACUACGGUGUGCAAAAGGAUCUUAUCUAUCCUGGAGAAGAAGAGCAAAAGUUUUGAUGGGUUUUACACGGAGGAGGUACGAGAUCACAGCGGCUCCAGGAUUGGUUUUGACAUCGUGCGAGUACGAGAUCCCGAAACAAGAUUGUCCUUGGCACGACUAAAGAAUUUAAUAGACGCUCGACAGGCUUCUAGACAUCAGGUAGGAAAUUACCACGUUUUCCUGGAUAACUUCGAGAAGGUGGCGCUUCCAGUAUUGGACUCAGAUACUGAUAUAUUAUUCAUUGAUGAGAUUGGCAAGAUGGAGUUAUUCAGCAAAGACUUCAAGGGGAAAGUAACGGAGAUAUUGUUGGGGUCCUCCAAGAGAGCUUUCGUGAUUGGAACUAUUCCGCAGAUGCACAAAGUACCGCGAGAGCACGUGACGCUGUUUGAGAAGUUACACGCAGAUGAGAGAAUCAAGAUUCUGAACGUGUCUCACGGAAAUCGAAACCGCUUACCGGAAGAAAUUACUCAUCUUUUAUAAACACACCUCGAUUAAUGCACUCGUAAUUUAUUGUGUCGUC